CUGAGUGUAAAUAAGCGAUCGCUGCUCUAUGGGCAGGCUGACGUGCCUUUAACCGCGGCCACUGUGCUUAACAUUACACGUCAUGCGAAAAUAUUUGAUUUUCCGCCGUUGCUGACGUUUUGUUUGCACUGAAUAAUCUGAUUCCCAUGCUUUUCUUUGAGCCUUCAAGGCAGGAGCAUUUCACGAUUUCUCAAAAGCCGACUAUUCCUCGUUAAAAUUUAUCAUGGCCAGCCCUAGAACUCGUCGUGUGCUACACGGGCUGAAGACUGGGGACGAAAACAAUAAAUGUUUUGAGUGUGGUGCAUUCAAUCCUCAAUGGGUGUCAGUGACCUAUGGUAUUUGGAUCUGUCUGGAAUGCUCGGGGAAGCACCGGAGUCUUGGUGUACAUCUCUCGUUUGUUCGUUCCAUCAGUAUGGACAAGUGGAAGGACAUAGAGCUGGAAAAGAUGAAGGCUGGAGGAAAUAGGAAUGCUAGGGAAUUUUUAGAAGCACAAGAUGACUGGGACGAUUCUAUGCCCAUUCAGAGACGGUACAAUUCCAAAGCUGCUGCAUUGUACAGAGACAAGAUUUCUUCUCUUGCUCAAGGCAAGGAUUGGAGUCCCUCCAAGUCUCAAGCUCAAAACUAUUCAAGUCCAGCAAUGAGCCGAAGCUCUAGCAGCCUCACAGAAAAUGGGAGCAACUAUGGUGGUUCAUCUGGCUCCUAUCAGUCAAGUGGCUAUCAGUCUGGAGGCAAUGGUGGUUACCAGAGCCCAGACGGAUUUAAAAGUGAUAAAGAAGCUUUCUUUGCUCGGAGACAGGUGGAAAAUGCAGGCCGACCUGACAAUGUUCCACCAAACCAAGGUGGCAAGUAUUCUGGCUUUGGCUAUACAAUGGAUGCACCUCCAAGAAGCACGUCCCAGGAGUUCUUUGAUACUGCUGUAUCUUCACUGUCCAGUGGAUGGUCCUUAUUUUCAUCAAAUGCAACAAAGUUAGCAAGCAAAGCAACAGAAAAUGCUUUUAAAAUUGGAAGCAUCGCCUCUCAAAAAGUGACUGAAAUUGGUUCAACAGUUGGGGAAAGGGUAAAAGAAGGUACCUUAAUUGACAGCAUGUCCACUCAGGUUACAUCCUUGGCUUCUAAGAUGGGGGAUUUGGGCAGGAAGGGGUGGCAGGAUAUAGCUGGUACUAACUCUGAAUUACCACCCCCUGGCCGAACUCCAGAUGGAACUGAAAAAGCAUCUUUGCUCAUUGAUGGAACACAUAGGCCACUUGGCCAAAGGGACAGCAGUGCCCCGCUUCUCAAUGAAGGUGGCAGUGGGCGGCGCAAGUCUGCUGGGGCUUCACGCGAGAACAGAGAGAAGAGGGAGCCUCAAGAAGAUUGGGGGUGGGGGGAAAAUACUCAGAUAUCUUCCUCAACGGUAUCAUCACCGACUACAGAGUGGGACAACUGGGGAUCUGGCGGCGCUGAUACAGGCAAAGAGCGCGAAUCUAGUAGCCGCCAUCAAAAGCGAAGCAGUAAGAAAAAGUCAUCUUCAUCAGGGGGAUCAUCUUCAUCCAAAGGAGCUAAAGAAAGUUUACUCAUUGAUUUUGCAGAAGAGAAGGGCAGUGCAAGCGGCGACUGGAAAGACAGCAAGUGGGGUAAAGAAACUACAGAGGAAGAUCCAUGGGACAUUCUUAAUAAGUAAUUAUUUAUUUUGGUACUUAUGGAGUGCAUUAACUGGAGGUAGCAAAGCUACCCUGCUUCUAUCCUCUUGCGGUCCUAUAUGGAUAUUUGAUGUGUGUUCAGUCAUUCCCUGCUUUCUGCUCAUUGGGGUCCUUGACUAAAGCUCUCUAAAAUAAAGAAAGCUAACUUCAGUACUUUCCCUACCAAUGUUUCUUUCAGUUCUUAGUCUGAUAGUAAGUCAAAUUGCCAUUAGUCAUUUCAGCCCUUGCUAUUCAGACUUAGAAAACAUGUCAAACACAUCCAUUCCUUUAAUGGUAAUAAUAAUAACACUAUUCCCUCUGAAUUUGGUUCAAUUCUUAUUGCCAAUUUUAUUGGUGCUGUAACUGUAUUGCACUUGGAUCUCAAAUGAAAUUAUUUUCACAGCUUUGCUAAGUAAUUUAGGAAGGGUGUGCACUGUCAUUUGGGUGUCAUGAACUUUCUAUUGGUUCUAGGUGCUUAUUCAUCACUAUUGUAUCCAAAAACAACCUGAAAACCAUUGUAUUUUCAAGCACACAGCAUGUUGAGCUGUGAAAUAUCAUUGUAAUCUGUCCUAAGCUCUAAAUCAUUCAACCAUUCAUCGCUCUUCUGUGCUUCACAUUUUGGGAAAAUUGCUUCCUUCAUAUUUCAUGUUUUAUGUGUUCUUUUUAAUGUCCUUUUGUUCCUCUUCAACCUUUCAUUGGGGUAAUAGCAUGACAUAGUCAGAGAAAAAUUUGCUGGAAACCUUUGGUAAGUGUCCAGUGAAGAUUUCCAGCAACUUUUUCUUCCCAAAGAGUUCCCUGACUAUACAAUAUUUUGAUUUUGUUCUUCAUAGUUAGUAUUUAUAUAAAUUAAAAUUGAUUUUAUUUAAAUAUUUUUUUUUAGUAAUGUAAUAGGUUUACGAGUUGAUCUGAAUGUUUCUGUGUACGAAACAUCUGUAACUGUGAAACUAAUUUACAGUUGUGUAAGGUAGUAUGAACUGCCCCCAACAUCAUUUUGAACAUGUCUGAACUACCUUACCAUGAGGUCGGUUAUUAUUAUCAUUAUAUGAUGUAAGACAGAUAGAAGAUAAUAUUGUUCUUUGGACUUGAGCAAUUCAGAAAACUGUUGUUACAGAUCACUUCAAUAUUUUAAUGAUACUAUAUAUUUUAUUUUUGUUAAAUGAAUUGAGACAAACAUAUGUGGCCAAUGAGGACAACAUAUAUGUUAAGUAUUUUGAUAUUAGAAGCCUGGUGUGUUAAAGUGAUUCUUUAUUGUUGCCGUUUUAAUUAUUUCGAUUAUUUCAGUACCAGUAGUUGAUUGUUGUAUUGCUCAUGAGCAAAGCUAGGUCCUCCCUGGGACAAAAAAAGAAAGAAUUAUAUCACUUGUUAAACACAACAUUUAUGUAGUAAAUACAAGAUGUGUACAUCAAUAUCCACUUCUUAACUUAUUGAUGAUGUUUUAUUGCAUACAGUCAUAAUAUUGGAUUUAUUGAUUCUGUGUAGUGUGAGAAUUCAUCCAAAAAGCUAUUGUGUAUGAAAUCAUGUGAUAGUCACAUAUGACUUUGGAGGGAUGGACUAUUUUCCUUAGGAAUAAUAAAAUAUAUUGUCGCGGUGUUGCACAACGUAAAUAGACAGUUUAAUCCGA